CACUAAUUUGUUGACCCCGGAAGUGGAACCUUCAGGAUGAGAUAACGGGUCAGGCCAGGCCGGAGUUUGACAGGACAGAAAUGCCGGUGUACUGACGCACGGGUUCCGCUAUAUUUAUACACAGCGAUCCCGUUGCAUAGCUGGCCGAAUUUGGCACAGACGCUUACUUCUUCCAUCCGGGAGCAGAUUUCUGGGCUGAACUUGUGAUAAUUUGACCAAAAUCAAACAGUUGGAGAGACCAGAAAAAAGAGACUUCCUGUCGUCUGCGGGCGUCUGACAGCUUCCCGCUCUUGCUGGAAUUUCGGUCAGUUUUUACAAGUCUUUUGUGGGCAUAUAUCAACCCCCAACGUAGACUCUGAUCGCAUUUCUCACGCCCAGUCUAUAGUAACAACCGCCCGCAAAGUUAAAGAUGUCUGGAGGAAUUUUCCAACCCCUGGGCUCGCUGCAAGACCUGGACGGGCCUACCCGGGACCCGAUGUGGUGCUACCUCUGUAACGAGAGAUUCGAGGAACCAUGCCUCCUGGACUGCUUCCACGCGUUCUGUGCUCAGUGCCUGCGGGGGAGGGCCAGCGAGGGCCUCAUCUCUUGCCCCAUCUGCAGUUCUCCCACCAAACUCACGGAGGGAGCCGCCCUCCCCCCUGUAGAUCCCAUCCUCAAGUUCUUGGUGGAGGUUCAUGGGACGGAAGAGAAAGUGUUCUGUGCCAACUGUGACAGGGAAGCCUCACACAAAGACUGCGGGCCCAUGUGCUUCUGUAAUACCUGUAGCCAGCCGCUGUGUACGCAGUGCAAGGAGACGACGCACAGUGCCAAAAUGUUCUCGAAACACGACGUUGUGCAGCUGAACAAUGUCCGCCGACUCAAGGAGACAGUGAAGAAGUGUGUGCAGCACGGGGAACCCUACAUCAUGUUUUCCCUGAAGAAGAGGGACCUCCUGUGCAUCAUGUGUUUCCGUGACACCUCUGUGGAGGACAGGGCUCACUGUAUCGACUUGGAGACCGCGUAUAAGAACGGGCGUGAGACUCUGGAACAAGCCGUGCUGUCUGUCCAGGAUCUGCAAAGCUCGGUCCGAGACUCCAUCAUCCUACUGCGUGCCCUCUGCGAGGAAGUGAAAACCAACGCACAGCAAGAACAAGAAGAUAUCAAGACCCUCUUUGAACAAAUGCAGGAAAAGUUAGGAGAAAGAAAGGAAGGACUCGUCGAAGCGGUAGACACUCAGUACCAGGAAAAGUCGAAAGCCUUCAAGAACCAGUUGAUCACCCUAGCCGCUCUGCUCCCCACAUUGCAAGUGAACAUCUCCAGUAGCAAAACUUUCUCUCUAACAGCGAACAAGUAUGACUUCCUAGACCUGGGGUUUGUUUUGAUCGACAGGCUGAUGGCUAUCGUGCACUUACCGCACCAACUCAGCCCUACCACCAGCAGUAAGAUCAACUGUGACCACAAGGUGGAAUUCGCCCGGUGCCUUGAGCCCCUCCUAGGAAACGGACUAGCCUACAAGUCUUCCAAAACAAACGGGCACGCGUCAGGCAGCUCAGGAACAUCAGCAAGUGGUGACGGUGAUCAUUCAAGGAACAACGAAGACGGAACUGUUGAUAGCCUCGCCGAGAAGUGUAGGACAACGGCCAUGCACGUGAACUCCUCCCUUAGUAUAUGCCACGGGAAGUACUUCAACGCCAACAGCUGCAAGGUGUUUGUGGAUGAGUCGGGCCCCUUCGCAGAGCACAGUAGGAAUUAUGACGCAAACUACAAGAUCCUGAACGACAGGGUGAAGAAGUUGAAGAAGGACAUCCAAGAGCUCCACAGGGAUCUGACGCAGCGACGCUGCCUGACGCGGGAACAGAAGGUGACGAACCUGAUGGAGGAGUGUGGCCAGGUGGACUUCACCAUUUCCACCCAGUAUACGGCAGUUGAACAGAUGCAGUCCGUGUUUCAGAAGUGGUGGGAGGAGUGCUUCCAGAGGGUUACGCAUGAACAGGAGAUGUACCAAGCGCAGCUAAAGGAUCUGAUGAGACUUAAGCAGGAGACGCAACACUGCACCACCAUCGCCAGACAAAUCGCACCCUUUGUGAAGUCCAUAGCAGCAGUAAAGGAGAGGAUCGAUCCAAGACUGGGAGCGGCGUUGCGUAGCGAAGACCACGAAGGCUGCAUGCACGCUAUUCUGGAACAGAUCAACACGAUGGAGCCGAACUCACAACAACGCGUAGAUGCCAUCCGAACCGCGGAGGAGUCCCGUGACCUGGCUUUGCAGAGUGAAGCCAGCAGGCCGAACCCAUUGGAAGACAGUCUGAUCAAGACAAAAGGUACGCUAAAGCCACCUAAAAUACUUCCAGAAAAGAGCCGUCCUGUAGAAGGGAAAGAAGACAUUAAGGACGUAACAGCUGAUACAGGUACUGCAAAAGAAACCCAAGCACAUGGCAGCAAAGACGAGCAGCCAAGUGCUCUUCCCAAGCCAGAAGAGAAGAGUAAAAAAGAACCUGUUGACAAGAAAGAUUCGCUCCUGAAAACUGGAGCUCUGCUAAGGAAAGACGAAAAUCUGAAAAUUGGUAUCCCACUGAUUUGUAAGGAGGAACUUGCAAAGGCAGCAGCCGCUGCCGCCUUGAAGAAAGAAGAGAGUAAAAGAGAAGAAAGUAGCAAGACGGCAGGCCAAUCACCAUCUAAGGAGGAACACAGCAAGCAUGCAGCCGCUACAACUGUCAAGAAAGAAAAAGAAGGAAGCAGCAAAGUGGACUCUGAGAAGACAAAGGUGAUGUCAAAGGAAGAACUUGCCAAAGCUGCGGCAUCUGUCGCAUUGAAAAUGGAGGAAAACCACAAAAUCGAGAAAGAGUGUAAGGCAUAGACCUACGUAAGUACAAGUGUACAGGAGCUGAAACCGGACAUGUUCACACAACUAACUCCAAAACUCAAGCAGAUGAGGGAACUGAUGGUAUGCACUUGGACUAUA